AUGUUGCUGGAGAGGCCCAGAGACUGUCCGGGUGCCAGCCCACCCCAGAAAAAGUUUGUGCUGUCAUGUAGCAGCAGUGGUUCAGGGACUAUGGGUCUGCUGGGACCUUUUCCCAUGGGGAGGCCACAUGGCCUCUACCAAAUGUCCUCCCAGCAGGAGGCCUCCCCCAUGUGGCCUGAGGAUCCCUCGGACCUCGCUGUCUCCUCCUGGGGAUUUGCCCUUCCCAUGAGAGCACCACCAGAGACAGCAGUGGAGCAAAAACUGGAAGCCAGGGUCUUUCCCUCAGCCUCAGCUCAGACUGUAUCUGUGCACAUAUUUUCCAGUACAUCUCAGACAAGCCUCACCAGUUGUCUCAUUACAAAGACUUUUGACUACCACCUUCAAGGGGGUCCAAACAGCUGGCCAGGGAGCUGGCCAAGAACACUAGAUCUGAAGGCAAAAAUUCUGUCACCAAGAACAGUAGCUUUUGGAAGGCAGGUUCAUGGAGACAAUGUACAAUGCUUUUUCGGACCAUCUGAAAGCGCAGCUAUCCAGUACUCCCCUGACCUCACUUAUGCUCUUGAACUUUUAAAAGAAUUUAAGGAGUGUGCACCAGUCCAAGAUGAAGCUGUGCAGAAAGUAGAAAGCAUAACAGAUCCUGUGCAAUUACUGAGAAGUAUCUUCCAUGUUCUCAUCCUGGUGAAAAUGGACAUGGUGAGCUAUACUAUCUAGAGCCUUUGACCCUUCCUGCAGGAACAUUAUGUCCAGUAUGAACGAGCUAAAUUUCAAGAACUCCUUGACAAGCAUCCCAAUCUCCUUGAUUACACCACAAAAUGGCUAACCAAAGCAGCAACAGAUCUCAUUAUACCAUCUACAAGUUCUUAGGGAUCUUCCAGCUCCUGCAGCUUGGCCUGUUCACCUCCAAGUUGGGUAGCUAAAAACUCAGAUGUCCCCAAUCCCACAAGGGUGCUAUUCCAGAGUUACAUGAACCUUCUCUGGGAUCAUGAUAAUUAUGAGUUCCCUGAGACUUUGCUGAUGGACAAAAUCUGGCUGUGGGAGAUGGAGUCCCAGCUGCACCAGUUAACUAUCCUAGCCUCAGUCUUGCUAAUAGCCAGAAGUUUCUCUGGUAAUGCUUUACUCAGGUUUUCUGAAUGUGAUAAACUGAAGUGCAUAACCAAGGCCCUGACAGAGGAAUUUAACUCUAGGCCUCAAGUGGCUAUGCUGAGUGUGAGUGAACAAGUGUCUCAGGAAAUCCAUCAAGGCCUCAAAGACAUGGACCUUACUGCCCUGAGAAGAGAAAACAUGGCAUCUCUUUUAGGCCAACUCCAGAAUAUUGCCAAGGAGAACUGUGUUCAUAACAUCAUUGACUCUUCUUUUGCGACUCAGGCCAUACUCCCUGCAACACCAGGGGGUCCCCAGACCAUGCUGCCCACUCCUGGACCUCUGCCCUCCUCCUCAGGAGGACCACCACACCCGCCAGGCUCAACACUGGCGAUGGCACAGAUCCAAAACUUCAGACUUUUUAGUUCUGCUGCUUGUAAAAAUUUAGGAUAA